GCAUAAAUCGCUCUUGCAGGGUUCGUUUUGACGCAACGAAACGUUUUGUCGUCAUAUCGAUACAGCUCAAGCUGACACCUCAAAAGGAAACGUUCACCCCCACACAUCGGUCCCAAGUAAACCCCAUCACAAAUCCAUCUUGUCUUCACGUUUACAUACAGCGCACUUGUUUCAAAACGAAACCCGGCAAAAUGGUCUCAGCGAUUGCCGUUCUAAAAGGCGACACGCAGCCUAAUGUGACGGGCGAAGUAAUCUUCACACAAGAUACCCCUUCGGGACCUGUGCAUGUAGAAGCCACCAUCCGAAACUUGACUGAGGGAAAGCACGGUUUUCACGUUCAGUAUGUUCUAGUGUUGCAUAAAAACGCCGGAGCAUUUGACAGAGUCGAGAGCGAUAACUGGGUACCGAUUAGUGAAUUUGGGGAUAAUUCCAACGGAUGCACAAGCGCAGGAGCACAUUUUAAUCCCACUGGACAGGUUCAUGGUGACAGGACUGCACCAGUACGUCAUGUAGGAGAUUUAGGCAACAUUGAGGCAAAGGACAGUACUGCUACCUACAAGUGGGAUGACCCGCAGAUCAAGCUGUCUGGACCACAUUCGAUUGUUGGGAGAACCAUUGUUGUCCAUGAGAGAGAAGAUGACUUGGGCAAAAAUCCAAAUGACCCCGAAAGUUUAAAAACCGGCAACGCUGGCCCGCGAGCUGCAUGUGGUGUGAUUGGUUACAGGAAAGCUUGACAUUGCAUUCUGCCAUUUGCGAGUGUAUCUACACAUGAUUGUAAAUAAACCA